AUGCCCAGCUCUCUUCACAAGACGCGUAAGCAAAUCGCCAAGAAGCGCAACGGCGUCCCCACAGCCCUGCACGAAAAGUCUCGGGACUCUCUCCGUCUACACAAAGCCAGCGUCCGCGAUCAGAGGUUGCACAAGCUGUUUGAGGCAAGGAACAAGAAGGAGCAGCCUAUCUGCACAGCCAGGGAGGAACUCCUGAAGAUCAAGAUUGCCGCUCUGAAUAGGGAGUAUGAUGAAGGAUUCUCCAUCCCCGACGUCUUGUCAUCGGAGAAUGCUAAAAAGCUGAGCGUAUGGGAGGGCUCGUGGCCCUAUCUGACUACCAUCCCGUGGGUCAAGGUGUCUAGCUCGGGCCAGACGAGGCCUACUGACUUCCCGACAAAGGGGUUGAACUGA